CGAGCGACUGAAGCAGGAGUCUGGAUUUAGAUUGGUGGAAACAGAGCAAAGUACUCGACAGUGCGGAAGAACUGCAUGGGAUUUUAAGACGCCUAUAUACGAUCAUGAUUGAGGGACCGUGUAUAUAAGUGACGACGAGAAAACAGAGAGUGGCGUGUAAAUAUCAAAAGCUCGCAUAUGGGUGGGCUAGUUGGAGUGGUGGCCAGCUGUGCAGAGGAAUGGGAAUCUUCAGUUUGCAUGACCCCCAACUGAGCCAGUUGGUGCCUCAGAGCGUGGAGAAUACUUGUCUGUCUCAGCUCGGACCCUACAGUUGUCCAUAAUGAAUAUACUGCCUUCCACAGCUAGUAAAGCCUUAUAUGGACUUCGGAUAAAAACGUUGUCCGUUUCCCCAGCUACGGAGUCGCAGCGAACACCCGAGCGCCCAAAAUCUGAGAGCGAUCAAGAGUUGACCGCACAGCAGCACACAGCCCUUAAUCAUCCUUGGAUCAGAGUUUCGGGGAAUGGCACGGUGGUCGAUGGGCGGCAGGAAAGGUUCGGACCCAACUGUCAUGCAAGGACAGAACCGCGUGCUGUUAGUCCAUUCCUGGAGGGGCAUGGGCUUAAUGUGGAGAUCGGUUUGAAAAAACUGGAACGGCCCUUCUUGGGGUAUAAAGGAGUUGUCUAUGCAGUGACAUUACGGACACGAAGCCACAAACUCCCAUCUAUAUAUGACCGAAAUUUGAAUCUCGGGACAGGCUUUCAGAUCCGGUUACGUCUCCCUCUGGCUCCAUCAGGGUGGUUUAGGAUUGGAGUGAGGUCACAAAGAGGCAAAGCGACAGUUCCAACGUCAAGAGUUCGAUGCAGGCACGGAAAAUGGGCUGCGUAGUAUGCACGACGGUGACGACGACAGAGCUAAUGUAGGUGCUCGGGUAAGUGAAAUGGGGAGAUGCUCUCCGAAACGGAG